CUGCUAAAAAAGUAACAUCAAAAAAGUCAAAAGUUGACACUUUAGCCUUAAUCCAGAAAUCGACAACGUGAACAUGCCUUUCUUGUUUGGAUAGACCGUAGAAUUUAAUUAUUACGUGAAGUUUUCCUGUUUAAUACGAAUAUUUAAUAAAAUAUCAUGCCUCUCGCUAAGGAUUUAUUGCACCCGCUUGCGGCGGAAGAAAAACGGAAACAUAAGCUAAAACGUCUCGUUCAACAUCCUAAUUCAUACUUUAUGGAUGUGAAAUGUCCCGGCUGCUAUAAGAUCACUACUGUCUUUAGUCACGCUCAAUCGGAAGUUGUCUGUCCUGGAUGUUUCACAAUUUUAUGUAUGCCCACAGGCGGUAAAGCCAGAUUAACAGAAGGAUGUUCUUUUCGAAGAAAACAACACUAAUUUUAUGUUCCCUUCUGUAAAAAAUUUUUUUAAUGUUAAAUUAAAUAAUAAAAUUUAAUUUCGUUUUUA